AUGUUUGAAAGGGUUCCCCCUUGUAUAUCAGAAGUGCUAUCAUUUUGUAGGGUCGGAGAUGACAAGUGGACUAAUGUAGAGGGUUCCCCCUUGUAUAUCACAGAUGUCAUCUGGUACAAGGGUGAGGUUUAUGCGGUUGAUGGGUGUGGGGUAGCUGUUGUUUAUGAUUUUGCAGGUGAUAAGACGAUCAAACAAAUUGCAUAUUCACCGGACGAUUUACUUAGCCGUGAGAGGUAUCUGGUUGUGUCGACAAAUGGAGACUUGCUACAAGUUGUAAGAGAAAAAGCGUAUGAACGGUCAGAUAAAGAAGAAGAUGAGUUUUUGUUGCCAACAUGUGAUUUUGUGGUGUAUAAGCUUGAAGUUUUUGAUGAGCCAGUCAAGCCUGAAGGUGUUGGCUACUCCACCCUCAAAACUCGGAACACCACCCUCAACCGCAGAAUCCCAACUAACCACAAAUUCAAUUUUAAAUGGGUUGAGAUGGAAAACUUGGGAGAUCACGCAAUAUUCGUGGGUCAGAACUACUCAUUUUGUGUGCCUGCAGGUGAAUACCAAGGAUGCAAGCCAAAUUGCAUAUAUUUUACAGAUCAUGGAUUGCUCCAUAGCAUCAUUGCAAGGGGAAAUUUGGACCAGGAGGAGAUCCAUGAAUACUCUGCUUGUGACAUGGCCAUUUAUAACUUCAAAGAUAAGUAUUUUGAAGAGUUUACCCAACUAAAUGACAGGUAUCAUGUCCCGCCCAUUUGGAUCACUCCAAACCCAUGGUAGAUAGAUGUAUUGUUCGUUAUUUCGAUCUUGUUUCCGAUAUGUGAGAUUUUUAUUUAUGCGGUGUGGCUAAUUCAGUCGGGUAACUUAAUCUGUUUAUGCAGUGUGUGUGGUUAAUUUAGUCAAGUGCAUUACUCUGAAUGUGAGAUUUUUAUAUAUGAAGUAUGGUUAAUUUAUUUAAGUA